AUGAGCUCAGGCUCUCCCUCUGGCAGUGGCCGUGCCACACCCUCGAACAGCUCGCCUUCACCUAUGCGCCGCCACCCUGGUCGCCCUCAGUACAUGACCGUCGGGAACGGCUCGACUUCUGAACAUGCCGCUCGCCUUGCCGCCAUGCUGGACAACGACUCUGGCUAUGGGGGAAGCAUCGCUGACGGCGCCACCUUUGAUCCCACUUUUGACCAAGAUCCUAUGAAUCUGGCCACAGGUCAAAGCGCUACUUCCGACAACGAAAGACGCGCCAUCACCAGCCAUGUACACCAACUCCAAUACAACCAGAACCGUACCGCACUCGGCCGUGCCAUCUCCGAGACUGUCGACACUCUGAAGAAGUUACAAGAGAUGAAUUCAAAAUGGCCUGCCCACUAUCCUUCCGUCCAACGUCCAGCUCCCGCACCUCGCUUCCAUCCAGACCCUCGACCUGGUCUCGUCCAUACUCAAUCCGGUUUCGACAACCACCAUGCUCCUGAGAUAUCCAGACGACCAGCCCCUCGUCGCGCUGGUACUACCAUAGGCGAAGACAUGAUGGAGCCUGAGUCUAGCGGAGCUGCUGCUCGUGCUCCAGCUGCAGAACCCAGGCUGGUGACACCACAGCUGUCUCAACAGUUUUCGGUUCUCAAGAUCGAAUUGAAGAUGGAGGGCGUACAUCAAACCGAGCUGGUUCACUCUUUGGAAAAGCAGUCAAUAGCCUCGCUUCUUGACGGCCAGAUCAACAACAGCGUCCGACACCUGUUUUCGCUAAGAGAUCGCAUCGAGGACACUUCCAGCAAAGUUUUGAUUACUGGUGAUCUCAACGCGGGAAAGUCCACCUUCUGCAAUGCUCUCCUAAGACGCAAAGUCCUUCCUGAGGAUCAACAGCCAUGCACUAGUAUCUUCUGUGAAGUACUGGACUGUCGCGAGAACGGAGGUGUUGAAGAAGUUCACGCUAUUCCAAAUGGUAUCGAGUACAAUCGCCACGACGAAAGCACUUAUGCUGUCUUCGGUCUGGAACAUCUUGAAGAUAUUGUAAUCGACAACGAAAAAUGGUCACAGUGCAAGGUAUACAUCAGGGAUGUUCGCUCAGUAGACCAAUCACUGCUCAACAACGGUGUGGUCGACAUCGCUCUGAUUGAUGCACCUGGUCUGAACAACGAUUCGCUCAAGACCACUGCAGUCUUUGCUCGACAGGAGGAGAUUGAUGUCGUCGUCUUCGUUGUCUCUGCUGCUAACCAUUUCACGCUCUCAGCCAAGGAAUUCAUCUUCAACGCCGCCCGCGAAAAGGCCUAUAUGUUCAUGGUUGUCAAUGGUUACGAUAACAUUCGCGACAAGAAGAGAUGUCAGGAAAUGAUCUUAAAGCAAGUCAAUCACCUCAGCCCUGCCACUUUCAAGGAGUCUUCUGAGCUCGUCCAUUUUGUUUCAAGCAACGCUAUUCCCGUUGCUCCUGCUGGCGGUCCGGACGGUCCUGGUGGCUCAGGAAGUGGGUCCAGCUCAAGCAGCGGUGGCCCUGGUGGCGAUCCUAGCAACGACGAUGAGCCUUCUGACAAGAAAGAUAAAGGCAAGGGCAAAGAACAAGAAAAGAUCGACGAUUUCAACGAACUCGAGGCAUCUUUGCGUCGCUUUGUGCUCGAGAAGAGAGCACGUUCCAAGCUUGCUCCUGCAAAGACCUACCUGCUUAACGUUCUCGGCGAUCUCGGAAACCUUGCUACUGUGAACAAGGAGGUUGCUCAGAACGAGCUCGACCGCGUUACUAGGGAACUCAAAGAGCUUGAGCCCGUGUACGAGAAGUCCAAGAAGGCUCGCUCUGAGGCUGGGGAAGGUGUUGAUUUCACUAUCGAUGAGACUGCAUCGGAGAUUUACAAGGCAUCCCGCGACACCAUCAAUAACACAAUUGCUCGUGUCGGAGAGCAAAACCUGGGCGUCGAAUACCCUGGUCUAUUCAGCGUCUACGAGUACGCAGAUGAGCUGAAGUCAGCUAUGCUAGAACAGAUUACACGCUCAGUCCAUGACUGCGAGGAAGCCGCUAGAGACCACACGUCAAAGGGAGUCGAGGGCAUCAAGAAUCUCGGAGUUCUCCACCUCGGCGACGAUUAUGAGGACCUGACCUUCAAAUCGGAAUACAUGUUCCGUUCGCGCAGGGAUGCCUUGACACGACAAGUUGACGUUGACGUUGAGAUGUCAGACUUCUUUGAUUUGGCAAGUCUAUGGGAACGCCAAGAGAAGGUUGCAGGAGCAAGUAUGGCUGUCACAAUUGCUGGAGUUGUCGGUGGCCGUGUGUUCGGUGGUGUUGGUUGGGUCGAUGGUGUUCUCGGUGCUGCAAAGGUUAUCGGUCCCAACAACUUGCGCAGACUGAUGAUCCCCGGCAUUGUCCUUGCAAUUGCCCUUGGUGCUUCCUAUGCUUUGAGCUCAAUUCCUCAUUCGCUGCCCCGACGACUCUCACAGAAGCUCUCGGCUCAGCUUGCAGAGCUAGACUACACGCACGCCAACGCUACACGAAUCUCGUCCGAGGUUAGGAGAGCACUCAAGUUCCCUGCUGACAAGCUUCGUGAGGGUCUUCAGCGAAGUGUAGAGCAGCUUCUCGACGAACGCAAGGAGAAAAUCAAACUUCAAAGCGAAAGCGAAGUUGCGAGAAAGUACUUCGGCAACCUCGUCAGGGAGAGCGUAAUGGCCGAUCCGAGAGCCAUUGUCGCACUGGUCAUUCUUCUGUUCAUCUUCUUCUCGCCGCCACCUGGACAGGAACCCCUUGUACGCGCUCGCUCGCGCCUCGAACACAUCGUCGCUGCCGAACGCCAUGACUUGACUGUGCUCAAUCAAACACGGUUUGGGGACUUCGAUCCCACGCAGGACAGAUGGCUGAAUAUCAGCGGGUUUCGGGAGAACGACACGUUCGUAUGGCAAGCACUACCUCUUGUCAAGGAGCGAGCCAGGCAACAGUCUGCACAUGCCUUGGGUCAUGAUAAUCUGGCGCGUCUUGAUGGCAAAAAUGACGACCAACCACCACUACCACUAUAUCAGAAUGUGACUGGAACUUUGUACGGCGAAUGGAUUCGCUCGCCCAUACAAACAUCGGUGGUGCCGCCCAGGCUGAACAUGUCCGAGUACUCGUCCAUUGGUCCUUUUGGUCCUAUCCCGAUCCAUUCUUUUAGCAAGAAUGUCACUGCAAAGUCUGGGUCGCUCGAAGUCUGGUUCGAAGAGGCGGAUACACAAGACACACUGCUUUGGCAUGGGGAUAAGAGAGUGGCUAGGGAGGUCAAGGCUCAGAUCUCGGUUGGAGACGAAGAGGCGGGCGACUCUUGGGAUAGCAAGCUGUUUGGCGUCCACUUCCUCGAGACCGGGCAUAUCAUACUAGCUACCACUACGGACAAGUUUGCUGGAAUAUUCGGUCUACCACAUAUGGCUCUCUCGGACCACAACUUUCGCUUCGCUCAAGAGUUGCUCAAUCACACGAUAGGGAUGUCUAUCGACAAGCAAGAAGACGGUCUUCUCCAAAGCUUCACACCUUGGGCGCCAACUCCUGAAGGCACUUCGGACUCUCUGAUAGCUCCUACGUGUGACUUGGUUGUCUACCUGCAGCAGCACUUGGUUCCAGUACCUGGGGUCAAGCCUGGCCCUGAUCAGGAAACUCUUUUAUCCUUCAUCGAACAGGAGAUUCGAUUCCCGACUGGUGCAUCCAUCCCUUCUCCUCAGCAGAUAGCGUUUUCCAUGGUGGCUUUCUCGCCAGAUUGUGGCUUUGUGCUCGAAUCAAAAGGUCCGCCAGAUAUUGCACCACAAGAAGCAAACCAUCUCCGCGGUCUCAAAAUCGAGGUCGAGUAUGAGCGGGCAAGAAGCCAUCUACUGCUUUUCGCUGCCGUUAUUGGUGGCCAGUUGUUCUUUUUCUUGCGGCAAAUGCGAGACGCGAGUACCCCUUCUACAAGGAGCAGGAUCAGCUUCUAUACAAUCAGCAUGUUGUCACUUGGAGACGGCUUCACCACGAUGGUUCUCUGCUUGAUCAGUCUGUUCAUCCAGGCUCUCUGGGUGCCCGUGAUUGCCACUGCUUUCUUGGCCUUCAUGAGCGUUAGUUUCUUUGGCAUGAGGUUCUUGAUGGACAUAUGGGCUGUACAGGCACCGGAGAGGGAACGCAGGGAAAGACAGGAACGACAACGACGACAGCAAACUGCUGCCACAACUGCAGCUCCUACUUCAACCCCGGCAGGCGCUACAGAGAGUACACCCGCUCAACCACUGGCACUAUCACAGCUGCCAGUCAUUACUCCUGCAGGUGCAGAAACUCUACCUCAACCUGUGACAGCAACACGACCAGUUGACACAGGAGCCACACCAGUCUUCAUUCCUUCUGAUCAAGACAUGCAGGCUGAAGAGGAUACUCCCAAUGCUGCGGCUACAGGCGUAGAGGCUGGUCAACGUGCCCCCGGAUUUGGUUCUCUCUACACUCGCUUCUACUUCCUGCUUCUAGCAACAUUGUUCCUCUCACUCAACGCAACUUCAUGGCCGCCAGCGCUUCGACGAGGCUACUUCACAAUCUUGGCAUUCUGCUAUUUAUCCUUUUGGGUGCCGCAAGUCCACCGUAACUGCAUGCGCAAUUGUCGACACGCUUUGCGAUGGGACUUUGUGGCUGGUCAAUCAUUUCUGCGGCUUCUGCCGUUUGCUUACUUCUAUGGUUAUGGGCAGAACGUGCUUUUCGCUGCUGUUGAUUUGAUUGAUCUUGGGAUACUAGCUGCCUGGGUAUGGAUCCAAGUGUUGUUGCUGUUGAGUCAGGAGAUCAUAGGUCCUCGCUGGUUCGUGAGCGGCAACUGGGUGCCACCCGCCUAUGACUACCACCCAAUCCUUCGGGACGACGAGGAGGCCAACAAUCUGCCUAUUGGAGCGACCACUUCGAUGCCUUCACCCGAGCAAGAAAAGGAGGCCAAGGACAAAGGCAAGCGUGUCUUCGAUUGUGCCAUUUGUAUGCAUGAGAUUGAGGUGCCUGUGUUGAAUGGGGAGUCUGCUUCUGAGGGCCUUUCGACUGGAUCUUUGGUUUUGGAGCGCAGAAGGUACAUGGUUACACCCUGUAGACACAUCUUCCACUCUAGUUGUUUAGAGGGUUGGAUGAAGUUCAGACUCGUGUGUCCCAUCGACCGUGAGGAGCUGCCGCCAUUGUAG